AUGUCCGGGUUUCAGGGUUCAUCCAGACCUCCGUCCGGCGGCCAACAGGAGCUCCUCCUGCUGGGAGCAGGUUUGACUUUUUUCUACUCUUGAUACUUAAUGAACCAAACUAAGAAACUCGUGGUAAUUAUUCUGUUUAUCUUUGUGUUCAUAAAGAAAUAAAAAUAAUCGAAAUACUUGGAGAGAAGCUUUUGUAAAACUUUUCCACUGGAGAUGUUUCUUGUACCUUUAUAGAGGCUCCUGUGAGGAGAAGCAAACAAGUCCAUCAGUGACAGUUUUCUUGAGUCUGAUAUCGAUUUUCAUAUAAUGAUCAUUCUUAUUUAAUUAGAGCUUUUUUUAGUUCAUGAUAUAGAAAUAAAACAAGGAGACAAACCAGUAAACCACAACGAUCAAAGACAACUGAAAACAGGGCCGAAUAAAAAACACAAGAGCGAUCCAAGUUCUAAAACCGUAAAUCCACUAAAGGGAAAAAGAACUUUCAGAGCAGCUUUGUGGAGAUCGUUCUGAAUGAGGAGUCUAAACAAUAAAAGGUCUCCUUUAGUUUUACUUCUGAGGGGGAAACAUUCAAGAGGUCAAAGGGAUAUUCUGUGUAAAACUAAUUUAGGGUCAAACCCACCGUAACACCGAGUUAGACCCCCCCUCCAGAGAUGAAUGUUGUCGACCGCUUGCUUCUCUAGUUAUACCAACUUUAGUAACGACCGCAGGAUAGCAGAGAGCCACGCCCCCAACCAAAACGCCACUCUAUAGCCACAAAUAAUGCUCAGAACAGCACCUAACUUCAUCAACAGGACAUAUAGGGUCACAGACAUAGUACUAGACACCAAACAUCUUUGUAACUUUGACUCAUUUCUUUAGCAAAGAGACUAAACACAACUCACCUACUCUCUUCCAGCAGACGCUUGUUUGUAGUGAGACCUCAGACCAGUCCAUUACAGACUACAGCGGGGUGCCGCAGCUCAAGGAAGAACAUUUAUGAUCAUUUCUUCAUGGAAAUACAAUCAGACCGAGACGCUAAGACAGAAGAACUACAGCGUCUGUAAAAUGAUUAAUAUGGUGAUUAUUACUUCAAGGAAAUGAUAAAGAAAUGAUCAUAAAUGUUGCUGCUGGAAGAGAGUAGGUGAGUUGUGUUUGACCCUAACUUAAUUUUACGCUGGAAUAUCCCUUUAAUCGGGGACAACAGUAAUGAGAACGACUUCACUUCUGAGAGCCUAAAAUGUCCGAUUAAUGGACGUUGUCUCAUAUUAACAAUGAUGGAGUUUGACUUUGUUCACUUUCUACUAAAACUCACAGCUCCUCCAUCCUGUCUCGGAUCGUUUCCUGCAGACGCCCGGCAGCAGUCAGUGAUUAAAGAAGAGCUUCCUGAGCGUCAGGAGAGGAGCCACCGUCUGGACCAGGAGGACACUAAACCCCCACUCAUUAAAGAGGAACUGGAAGAGAGCGACAUGUUCCCAUUCACUGUUGUAUCUGUAAAGAGUGAAGAAGAGGAGGAGGAGGAGGAGGAGGAGGAGGAGUCUCAGUCCUCAGAGCUUCAUCACAUACAAACUGAACCUCCAGAAACUGGAGCUGUUGGAGAGGACUGUGGAUCAGAACAAUCCAGUAACUCCGAUUCAGAGAUGGAUUUACAACCAGAGAUAGAGGUCAUGAUCGAGGAUUCUUCUGGACCUGGGACUGACGGGAGUGAUGAUUGUAGGGAGUCCAGAGAGCGUCAUCCAGGUCUAAAAUUCACCCGGGACAAAAGACUGAGGACUGAGAAACAAAACCACGACUGCUCUGAGUGCGGGAAAAGAUUCAACUCUCAAGGGAACCUGAUUCGACACAUGGUAGUUCACACAGGGGAGAAACCUUUCAGCUGCUCUGACUGCGGUAAAAGGUUUUCACAGAAACAACAUCUGACCAGACACAAAGUCGUUCAUACAGGAGAGAAACCCUUCAGUUGCUCUGAUUGCGGUAAAAGAUUUACCCAAAAAGUCGAUCUGACGCGUCACCUGGCAAAUCACAGAGAAGAGAAACUCUUCAGCUGCUCUGAGUGCGGGAAAGGGUUCAUCCGAAAGUCUGAUCUGACGGCUCACAUGGUCCAUCACACAGACGAAGAACCUUUCAGCUGCUCUGAGUGCGGGAAAGGAUUUUACGAUAAAAGAAGUCUGACCCGACACAUGCUGGCUCACUCAGGGGAGAGACCGUACAUCUGCUCUGUGUGCACCUAUCGAUUCAAACAACAAGCACAUCUGACCUCACACAUGUAUGUUCACAGCGGAGAAAAACCCUUCAGCUGCUCCGAGUGCAGUAAAAGGUUUUACCGCAAAUGGCAUCUGACCUCACACAUGUUAGUUCACACGAGACGCAGAGAGAAACGCUUCAGCUGCAGCGUCUGUGAGCAGAGGUUUUCCUGGUUUUCUCACCUCAAGAAGCACCGCUGUGUGAAGGCUUCAGAGUUCUACCAAAACCACGAGGAGGAGGAGGAGGGGGAGGAGGAGGAGGAGGAGGGGGAGGAGGAGGAGAGAGCGCUGCAUACAGGAGUUGACGAAGUGGACUGCGGGAGAUCAAGACACGCCGGGGACUCCGAUUUAAAGACUGAGAUCAAGACUGAAGACUCUGCUGAACUUGAGGAUGAAGACAUCCUCCCAAAAUCUGAAAAACUGUGA